ACCAGUAUCUUCCUGGUAUAAGUUUCGCGAACCUCAUAAGUCGGUUAGGGAAACAGCGACCGAACGGCUACGAGGUGCAACGCAUCCUUGACCAUCCCUUCGCAUCCUAUAGGAAUCCAGGAUGUCCAGCGAGGAUCCGAAAAAGGAUGAAGCUAAGAACGUCACGAUAUGGCCACAAUGGCUGGCUGCGUACACGCUCAGCUUAGCCGUUAUGGGAAGUGGUCUCGCGAAUGGCUGGGCAUCGCCGUAUUUGGCUCAACUGACAUCGACGGAAGCGAACAUGCCUUUGAGGCUGACAGAUACCGAAGUGUCCUGGGUGGCCUCCCUUUUAAAUCUUGGCCGGCUAGCCGGCGCUUUGCUCAGUGCACUGUGUCAAGAAUACAUUGGAAGAAAAAAAGUAAUUCUACUCGGUGGUCUACCGCUAGCCUCAAGCUGGGUAUUCACUAUUUGUGCCACAUCGGUCACGUGGCUCUACGUGGCCAGGUUCUGCUCAGGAAUCGGGUCAGGAAUUAUAUGGUCUGCACUCUCGAUGUAUCUGAGCGAGAUCGCCGAUCCCAGAAUUCGUGGAUCACUGAUAUCCAUGAACGUGAACGCAGCUGCCGUUGGUAUGUUCCUGGGCAAUGCAAUGGGUCCUUAUCUGUCUAUGGAGAUGUUCGGGUACGUGAGCCUCGUUCCGAAUAUCCUCUUCAUGAUCCUCUUCAGCUUGAUACCCGAAUCACCCUACCAUUACCUCCUGUACGGCGAUAUCGACAAGGCUGAGGCAUCCUUGAGGUGGUUUAGGCGAAAAGCUGACGUCAAAGCCGAGUUGCGAGAGCUCCAGGAAUUCGUCGACGGGGCUGGAACUAACAUUUUCCGAAACUUCAAGCAGUUCCUUCAACCAAGUAACCUGAAGAAGGCUCUCGUGGUGCUUGGUCUCUACGCUUUCUCCUAUGCAAGCGGAUACAAUAUCAUGACCUCCUACGCGGAAAUAAUCGUGACGAAAAGCAAGGUCAGCAUAACGCCUAGUAUAGUGGUGACGAUUCUCGGAUUCGCGACGAUCGUAGCUGGGUUAACGGCCACGUUGCUGAUCGAUCGACUCUGUAGGAAGACACUUCUGAUCAUCUCCAGCCUCGGGACAUCGAUAUCCUUGGCGAUCCUGGGUCUGCAUUUUCAUUUUCUUUCCGUGGGAUACGAUAGCAGCAACCUAACGUGGUUACCCAUAAUCGCGAUGUUGUCGUUCAAUCUCUCCGUGGCUGGUGGACUCCAACCGAUUCCGAGCACCCUGUUGGGUGAAAUGUUUCCAGCGAGCUUGAAAAAUGUUGCUUCUCUGUGCGUGAGCUCCAGCAACGCGUUGAUGUCCUUCGCUAGCUCAAGGUCUUAUCAGCCGUAUUUGGACUUGGUUGGUGACAAGUUCGUGUUCUGGACUUAUGGUGUUUGUAUGCUCUUUUGCGCGCCGUAUGUCUACUUUCUGAUACCUGAGACCACGGGUAAGAGUCUUUUGGAAAUUCAGCGAUCAACGAAAAAGAAAAACAUGAAAAGACCCUCUAAGUCGUCGAUCGAUUAUUACAUACUACCGAAUAAAAUUAUUUGCGGUAUAGCCGGAAUGUGGCCUAUCGAUGAGAAAAGUUCGACAAGUAGCAAACUGUUCGCCUACUUUCGCUUGUUGUUCGCGUUAACUGCGGUCAGCAACGUCUUCGUGCCGGAGAUUAUGGCGUUAGCCGUGAAUUGGGGUGAUUUGCAGGUGCUGGCAGGAGUAGGAUGCGUUUUAACCACAGUCGGACAAUUACUGUUCAAAAUGAUUUACCUAGUGGCAAGAAAAAAGCAAGUCUAUUGGCUUUAUAAUGAAUUAAGAGAUCUAUGGAACAGUGCUGAAGACAUCGAAGAAAAGCAAUCGUACGAGCAGUUAGCUUAUUGGGGAAAAACUAUUACGAUAGUGUUUUACCUAUCUGGCCUGUGCAACGUGUUCACUUUCACCAUUGCAGCUGCAUUCAAUUGCGUUAAAAUCGAGUACAUUGAGGGCAACAACACUAACAAAAGUCUCAUGUUGCCUUUUCAAGUGUGGUAUGGAACUGACAUCACAGGCUCUCCUAUCUACGAGAUCACUUUCGUUUGCCAAGUUAUGUCGUCCAUGAUCUGUUGUGCGGGGAUCACCGGUUUGGACGCCACGUUGAUGACCGUAAUCUUGCACGUGUGCGGCCAGUUUAAAUUAAUCACCACGUGGUUCAACAAAUUGGAAAUUGAAAUAAGUGGCAAAUCCACGCAUGCCGUUUGUUUGCGUAACGUGGAAGCGAGAUUGAUCAGAUGCAUCCGUCAUCACCAACGAAUGAUAAACGUGGUGAUUGAAGUCAACAAUUUAUUGACUCCCAUCAUAUUCGUUCAACUCCUUACGAGUGGGAUGGAGAUUUGUUUGAGUGGUUUCGCAGUCACCGAUAACAAUGGUACACGCAUCGAUCAACUAAAAUGUAUAUCGUAUUUAAUCUCGAUGUGGAUACAACUCGUACUUUGGUGUUGGACAGGCGAAAUUCUCAUUCAAGAGAGCCAGCAAAUAGGCCAUGUGAUCUAUUUCAACAUAUCAUGGUACAGUUUAUCGCCGUUUUAUCGAAGGCAACUAUGUUUUAUAAUUGUUAGGGCGCAACAAUACUGCAGCAUCAAAGCGUUAACAUUUCAAACGUUAUCUAUUCAUACGUUAACAAGUGUAUACCAAACAGCUGCCUCAUAUUUUACUCUGUUACGACAAAUGCAUCAAACGUGAACUUCAAAGAAAUGA